CCCGCCCACCGUCUCGUGGGGUGGUAGAUAUCAAACUCCUUUUCUCUUUCUCUUUCUCUUUCCUUGUAAGAAUAAUAUAUAACAUUACAUUUCUUCCUCAACCUCUUUCUAAUCAUCUCUUUGCAUAAUCAAUCUACACUAUACCCUCUCCAUAAUCGAUCUCUGCAACAAAACGAAUAUGUCGGAUUCUAAUACCAAGUCCAAAAUUCAGAGCAUGCGCGAAUGGGUCGUUGAGCAUAAGCUUCGAGCUGUUGGGUCUUUGUGGUUAAGUGGUAUUGCUGGAUCGAUCGCUUACAAUUGGUCUCAACCCGGCAUGAAAACCAGCGUUAGGAUCAUUCACGCAAGGUUGCAUGCACAGGCUCUGACAUUGGCAGCAUUAGCCGGAGCUGCAGUUGUGGAGUACUAUGAUCACAAAUCAGGCACAAAGUCAGAACGCUAUGCCAAGUUCCUCCCUCCUAUUGAUUCAUCAUAUUCCCACUCCCACUCCCACUCCCACUCCCACAAAGACUAAAUGCAAGUCUGGGUGAUUUUUGCAAUCAUAUUGUUUAAUUGUAAUUAUUCACAUCAAAAUGUUGAAUAUGGAGUUUUCAUGUAAUAACAAAAUAAUCAAACUUUCAGGAUUCAUACUGUAAUCACGCUUCUUUA